UUCAGAAGGUAAACUUGAGUGAGCCGUUUCAAUUUACCUCAGUUAACUAUUAACUUACAUCUGAAAACGUGGCCUUAUCCGUACAGGGAUAUUAUUAUAAAAAGAAAUGGACGAGCUGACAAUUCCAGAAUACUUCGCUGGGAAAAAUGUAUUAGUGACAGGGGGUACAGGUUUUAUGGGUAAAGUUCUGAUUGAAAAGCUGCUUCGCAGUUGCCCUGAUGUUAAUACAAUUUACGUACUUGUUAGACCAAAAAAGGGGAAAACGGCCCAAGAAAGAUGGGACGCUGCCACACAAGUUGCACUCUUCGAUAAACUAAGACAGACAAUGCCUGAACAGCUAAAACGAGUCUAUGUCGUUGAAGGAGACAUCGAUAAGCCCGAUCUCGGUUUGAGCCAGGAAAAGAAACAACUUUUAAAAGAAAAUGUUCAUUUCUUAUAUCACGCUGCUGCAGCUGUCCAGUUUACCGAAGAUCUGAUUUAUUCGUUCAGAGAAAACACUUAUGGAACGUAUUUGGUAGCUGAACUGGCCAAGUCUAUGAAACAUCUUAAGUGCUUCAUACACGUGUCAACAGCAUAUUCAAACUGCAACAUGCAUUGUAAGAACGUUUUAGAAGAAAUCUACCCUUUAGAUCUAAACUGGAAGCCAUUGAUCGAUUUGCACAAAUCGGACCCGAGAACAGUGGCAAUACUAAAAGAUAAAGUCAUGUGCGGCCAUCCUACUACAUAUACACUCACAAAGGGUUUGGCAGAGCAGGUUAUGAACGAUUACAGCCAAUACUACCCUGUAAUUGUAAUUCGUCCUUCUCUUGUUCUGGCCACUUUAAACGAUCCGAUGGAGGGCUGGGUAGACAUGCUGAACGGCCUGACGACCCUGAUUCUCGCUGUCGGGGCUGGAGUUUUGAGGAUAAUCAUUGGCCGGAAGGAUUCCUGUCUUGAUUUUGUCAGUGUUGACCAUUCUAUCAAGUGUUUCAUCAUUGCAACAUACCUAGAAGGAAAAAAAAAUAGGACGAAUGGGAUUGAAGUGGUCAGCUGCAAUUACAGUGAUGAUUUAAAUUUAAAGCUAAGUGAAAUAACUGAAGAAUGCCAUGACUUCGUCUGCCGAUAUCCUCUGGAGGAGUGUUUGUGGGCUCCAUCGUCGUCUUUCGUCACCAACAAAUUCUUAUUCGGUAUCCUAUUCUUUUUAUUUCAAAUAAUCCCCGCAAUCUUGGUCGACACAUUUCUCAUUGUGAAAGGAGAUAAACCAAGGUUGAUGAAGCUGACAAUAAAAAUGGCCCAGGCUUUCAACGGCCCCAUAUCGUUUUUUUCGACGAACGUUUUUUGUUUUCCGAACCACAAAUUUAAAACCAUGUCCACCUACCUCCAUCCAAAAGAUAUGGAGGACUUUUCAUAUGAUUUCGCUAGGACAGAUACGAAGAAAAUAGUGGACAUAAACACUUUAGGUACUUACAAGUACCACUUGAAAUUAAGCACGGAAAAAGAGCAUUUAGAAAAAUUAAGGAAGAGGCAUCAAAGGAUGUUGUAUAUUCACUACGCAGUAUGUGCAUUCCUUUGCUUCCUCUGCGGUUAUUCUUUGCUAACUGUAAUGAAAUAUAUCUACUUUAAACUGGCGGUUUGAAUACUUUUUUUUUUAAAUAAAGGAUGUAAUGUGUAUAAUA